GCUCGUCAUUCCGACCAUCGCCCUCUUAGCUCGGCACACAUCCCGCGUCCUUAACGCACGGCACGGCAGCCAAGGCGACGGGGUGGUGACAUCGUGCGGACCUUGGAACUGGACUGCUGCCAGUAGCUUUGCAAUAAGCGUGUACCUUCCCAGGCAAGCGGGAGAGUGUGACAAGGAGAGGGCAUCAAAGACGCUUCAUCCCUUCAUACAUAUUUCCGCGCGUGGCGAGAAGCCCCUCUCCCUCGUUCCUCGACGAGCGCCGUCUUAGGCUCUGCCGCGGAAAAUCACUCGAGGCCCAUCCCUUCAUUCCAGGACUCGGCACCAGCCUUAGCGUCCGACUACACCCUUCUUCACUUGCACCACCGGCGCGCAAGACAUUUGAUCACGCCGGAAUGCCCAAGGCACCCCCAACCUCCGCGCGCCCGGCGUUGCGCAGGAACCAGGCGUGUCUCUCAUGCAGGAAGAGGAAGCUCAAAUGCGACGCCUCUCGCCCCCAUUGUGGAACAUGCGUUAAGCAGUGGCAAUCGCUCAUCAGUGUCCCGCCUCCUGUGGGCUACGCCCACCCAACCGAGCCGCAAUGCUCAUAUGAUCCUGUCGAGGGCCUGCCUAUGGCGGCUAAUGUCGACCCUACUGAGCGCAUACGGCUGCUCGAAGAGCAAAUAUCACAACUCAAAUCUCAGUUGAAUGACCAGAGGAACUUCGACUCCCGUUCCGCAUCCCCCUCACGACAUGCACAUGCCCGCAACCACUUUACGACCAGCUCGUCGUACGGUGGACAGUCUGACAGCAGUAGCCCAGCUGCGGGCGGAAUCGUACUUCCUCAUGUCUCUCUAGAUGUACUUCAGGAUCUCUCUCCGCGGAGCAGUGGUUCGCAUCCCCGCGGCUCGACAGGUAGCCCUGAAUUGAGGCAAGGCACCCAUCACAACCAGGCCGUGCCAGAUCCUCUCAUGGACGUUCUAUUCUCGGGGUGGGAUCCUGAUCUCCCUGACCCAGACACACUCGACCACUACAUUGAUGUCUUCUUCAACUGUGACCCGUGCGGUUCACGCGUGCUUCACCGGCCUUCAUUUCUGGCAUCUAUGCAUUUGCACCCGAAGGAUGACAACUACCCUCACCCCGCUAUUCUGCAUGCAAUAUGCGCUUCGGCUUCCCGAUGGACAUCGCAAGAUAUAGUGACGUUGCCUGACGGCACCCGACGCGACAAAUUUGCAGAGCUCCACGUCAGCAAAACGAGGGCGUACAUUGAUCGGACGAUGGCGACUGGCGUGGACAUCUUUGCUGUCAUGCAAGCGUGCAUCAUUCUCUCAUGGUACUUCUACCAGGAGGGACGGUGGGUCGAGGUGUGGAUUUUCGCGGGCUUCCAGACGCGCGCAGCCGUGCCUUUACGGCUGAACUAUCCCGGUACCUUCUCCGCUAUCGGAGCGGCGUCACCAGGCGCGUAUCUCGCACCUCCUCGAGACUUCAAGGACCUGGAGUCGAGGCGGCGGACAUGGUGGAUGACCAUCAUGUUCGACCGCAUUGCGUCCGUCGGCGGCUGGGUGCAUGGGGUGGACGAACGCGACAUAGGGACGGAGUUGCCUCUCCGUCGUGUGGACUUUGAGACGGACGCGAAUGUCCCUCACAACCCCCAGGAUCUGUUCUCAGAAGACAUGUUCACACAGCAUCCGCCGCAGUACACUGAUUCAUUCAUCCUAUUCCUCAAAGGUGUCAUGAUGUUCGGCAGGGUAACGGACUACAACACGCGCAGCAACCUCCGGGCCAACAUACCUCCAUCUAAAAACCAGAAUCCCUUCGCGCUACCUGGGUUUGAAGAGCUCGACCGACUAGUAGCGCAGGACUUCCUGCAAAGUUUCCCACAAGAGUUCAAGCACCUCGGCGUGACCGACGACGGCAGCUCCCUUGACACCGAUCUGUAUAUGGCCCACGUCGUCCCUCACGCUGCGAUCAUCACCCUACAUAACCCAUAUCUCAACUUCUCCGACCCGAGGAGUGUUUCGACAAGCCGAUGUCUCAACGCCACCCGUGCCAUCCUGGCAGCUUACUAUCGCCUGUCAGAAACCUCGCUCGACAUCACUCGAUUGCAUCCGUUCGUGACGAUAUGCUGGUAUCUGGCUGCUGUUGUCCAAACACAGCUAUGCAAGUACUUCAUCGAAAUUGGAGAUACCGCAAGGGAGCAGACGGUGUGGGGAGAGAUCAACGCGCUUCGUUUCGCGAUGCUCACCUAUGGGAGCCGGUCGCCCAUCGGCACCCGACAAGAGAAGCUCCUACAAGGUCUCAUGACGGAGAUCGUGCGGAUGACAAGUCAAAUGCAGCCGCUCGAGGUCGGCGUCCCGCUCUACCCCUUCUCCCAUGCUGGCGUUUUCGCCAAGGGGACCCUGGCGCCAGACCCCACCGCCGCUCCGUUGCCUGAUGUUAUGCAGUACCCGGAGGCCUCCGAGUCACCAACGGGCUUGGCCGGCAUGACGGGGAACAUAACCUCGGCGUCCUCACCCUCCUCGCUUGCCAGCUGGACGUCCCCUACCAUCCGGUCUCGCCCGUACUCGCACUCGGUCUCGACGGGAUUUUCCCAAUGACGUCGUCGUGAUCCGUCUCCUCAUGUUUUACGCUCAACCUUCACGUUCCCCUUCGUUGCGCUUUCGGGGCUGGCUAUGGAACAAUCGGACUGUUGAUCGCGCGAGUCGGCCGGCGUCCGGGGCGUGUCUCACGGACGCGCGGUGGACGGACGCUUUGUGAUUGCUGUGGACUGGUUCGUUGCUGUGGAACAAUUGUACAACCGACGGUGUUCAUCUCUAUUUUACUCGUGUAUCCCUUCUUCUGUUAUACUCUCAGGUUUCCUCCCUAGCUAUUCGCGGUGCUGCGGUUGGUGGAACGGUUCUGCAUCAGCGUGUAUCGUGUGUAUGGAAUUUUGUAGCUAGUUAGGUAGAGAUUACGGGCAGCAAUUGCUUUGCUAAUAGACAACCUCAUCC